AUGUCACCAAGCCCCGACAAGCAGCACUCACCUACAGGCCAUAUGCCAUGUAUGGCUUCCCAGCCAUCAAAACCACAUCCACGCCCUCCUCGAGUCUAUCACGGACCGCUUGCUCGCAUUACCCGCGAUAUGGUUUUUGAUCGCAUCUACCUCCUCCUCGCAGACAACCUGCCCACACGGUGGACUCAAAAUCCUGAAGCUCUGGUUCAUCUUACUAAGAGCAUGGCCAACGUUGUUAUUAGCAGCGGUCAAUAUGGUGACUUUGGUCCAUACGGCCUUUCUUCCCUUGCACAGAUUUCUGUUUAUAUCGGGCACGAAGGCAUAUAUCAUUACAUGUGUCUAGCAGUACAUCCGAGUUAUGGCGAUGUUCGAAUCAUUUUCAGGGGCAAUCUAUGUGAGCGUGAAAGCCAAGAUCCGAUCAUCCAUCAUGAAGCGAUGGCGCUCUGCAGGAUAGGUUUCGACAGGGCAGCUGACAGAUUGUAUGCGGAUAUUGUCUCGCGGAUGCCUAAGAAACGUUCCGCUUAG